CUGCUGAGUUGCAAACGCUCUCGCUUUCAUCAUUUCAUUUGAGCGACACCGCUGUUCACAGACACCGGCAGAGAUGGAGUUCGCCUGCAGUCAUGUUGUGUGUAAUUGGAGGCCUGAUGGAGCAGCAUCCACAGGUGUUUCUCUCAUCGAGCGCCAGUACGACAACAGAGUGACUGUUGAACAGGAAGACGAUGCAGUUCCUCCUCCGCUGCCUCCUCGUCGGCUCAGAAAGCCUCGGCCCACGUCUCUGCCUCUCCCUCCUCUCCCUCCUCUCCCCUCCGCUCGGCCUCCUCUCCCUCCUCACUCCCUCCCUCCCCCCGUCCCGCCAAGACUCGACAAGGAAGGAGAAAUCAGGCUGAGAACCAACGUCAACGUCGUCUCGCUCAGUGUUGGAAAGCUGGUGGACAUCAGACAAGCCUCAGGCAUGGAGAGCUUUCAGAGCCCAGUGAUUUGUGGGAAAUGUAGUGCUGCCUUGUCAUGUCUGAGUUCUAUACAGAGCAACGUGUGGGUGUGUGAGUUCUGCGGAUGUGAAAACGCUGUGAACGACAGCGUGACGAGAGUGUGUGUCGGUCAGCGGGCAGGUGUGCGCAGCGACGACCUUUACCUGCCGAACCACAGCGACGACGACUACCAGAACCUGGAGGACACUCUGGUGGUGUUCUGUGUGGACAUCUCUGGCAGCAUGAUUGUCACUACAGAGGUUCCAUCCAGCAGUGGAUCUCCAACAUACAUAUCCAGACUAGAGGGAAUCCAGGAUGCCCUCCAGAGGGCGCUAUUAUCCCUGCUGCAGCAGUCGCCCCGCAGGAGAGUGGCACUGGUCACAUUCAACGAUGAGGUAGUAAUAUAUGGUGAUGGUACUAGUACUCCUCUCACUCUCAGGGACUGGGCGUUGGUCGACUACGACCACAUAUGGCAAGAGAGCGUGGCUUAUGGCAUCCCACACUGUAUAGCUGAGACGUACCAGCAGCUAGUACAGCGGGUCAAAGAUCUCAGGGAACAUGGCGCUACGUGUCUCGGUCCUGCAGCGUUAGCCUCGGUUGCCAUGGCGUCGAGGUACCCCGGGUCAAAGGUGAUUUUGUGUACUGACGGCAGAGCCAACAUCGGACUGGGUGAGAUGGAGGAAACUCCCUCUCUGCCCUCCUCUCUCCUCACUCCAUAUUUCUACAGACAGCUGGCUCUCCAGGCUGUGGACAGUGGAGUGAUAAUAUCAGUAAUGACAUUUGAAGGGACAGAUUGUCGCUUGGCUGACGUCGGGAGACUCGCAGACACUACUGGAGGAAGGGUGAACAUCGUGAGCAUCGGCACCGUUGCCACAGAGAUCCAGUCAGCCUCCAUGGACAACAUCCUAGCAACGGGAGUCACGGCAACGCUGCAUGGUCCUGAUGGAGUGUAUUUUCCCUAUGACGACAAAAACAAUCACAACCUGGUGAGAGAGAUUGGGAAUGUGACCAAGGGACUGGAGAUCACCAUCCAGUUUGCUGUAAAACCAGAGUUCAUGGAAGUUUUCCUUCAGAGGGACACACUUCCUUUCCAACUCCAGCUGAGCUUCAAGACCAGAGACCAAGACAGAGUCACUCGCGUUAUUACUGAACAGCGACCGGUUACUACCUGCAGUCGGGUUUGGGCUGGCAGCCUCAACAUGGCGGUGCUUGGCGUUCACUGUGCUCAACUCUGUGCCAGUUUAGCCAUGGAGGGUCGAGUGCAGGAAGCACAGAAGCAACUAAAAGCACAGCAAGACCUGCACGAUCAAAUCAGUAAGCAGAGGCCAAUGCAAAAGGAAGAUAGUAUCUAUGGCAACUGGAUGGACACCAUGACAUCAAUCUGUGAAGACAUCACCACGGAAACCCAGCCUCUCUCCGAUGAAGCAGCGAAGGUAAUGUACCAGAUGAAGAGAGCCAGCAGCGUCAACAACAACCGCAGCAACGCAAGUGAGACCCAGAAGAAGACUAGGAGGAAGAAAAAGACUCUUGUGGAAGGAAUGUAAAUAAAUAAGUCAUCCACAAAUA